AUGAAGGUCGAGAUUUGCGCUUUCUCCCAAAGGAAGAUCUACCCUGGUAAGGGUCGUCUCUACGUUCGUGGCGACAACAAGGUCUUCCGCUUUGUCAGCUCAAAGAACGAGUCGCUCUUCCUGCAGCGCAAGAACCCCCGUAAGAUCGCCUGGACUGUCGUCUACCGCCGACUCCACAAGAAGGGUGUGACCGAGGAGGUCGCCAAGAAGCGCUCGCGCAAGACGGUUAAGCACCAGCGUGGUAUCGUGGGUGCCUCGCUCGAGCAGAUCAACGCUCGCCGAAACCAGAAGCCCGAGGUUCGUGCCGCCGCCCGCCAGGCCGCCGUUGCCAAGAGCAAGGAGGACAAGAAGGCCAAGGCCGAGGUUCGCAAGGCCAACAAGGCCAAGUCGGUCGGCGCCGGUGGUGCUGGUCCCCAGAUUUCGCGACAGCAGAUGAAGGGUGGUGCCGGUAAGGUCCGUGUCUAA